AUGAAACUGCCGCUUCUCCUGAUAUUGUCCGUCUUCGGAUCCACGUCGUCGCAGCUGAUUUCGCAACAAGAACUGCUCGGAGUCAACCAGAAUCAGGCACCGUUUCAGUAUGUCUGCGGCUCCGAUCCCUAUCGAUUUUACUCGGAAUUUCGUGAGUUUUCUUGAUGGGAUCUAGAAAAUUCACAGGAAAACGUUCAGCGUGUAACAUGUACCCAGUGUGUAUAAACGGAGGAUUCAAGAUAAACGUGGGCUGCUCGGCCGACUAUCAGUGCACUCCGUACAGUCAGAACGCCGUGUGCGUCAGUGAGUUCGAACAUUUCCAUCAUUUUCAGACAAGAAUGUUCAGAUAGCUGCUGCUGCACGGUGCCCAGGAUCAUUGGUCCCGACACGACCACCAGACGAUUCUUCGAUGCUUCCGCCACUUUCAAAUCGCAUUUCCUCGUUUUCUCAACUGUUUUCAUUGUGGUUUUACUGUUUUGA